AUUACGUCAUCUUUGUGUCGGGUCCUUGUGCGACUCGUCGGGUUUCGAUGAAAACAUUUGUGUUAUGAUCUGAGUAAAAAUAAUAAUAAUAACAGUGUUGCAGAAUGGUAACUUGAAAAAUCAUGAAAUUCGGCCGCAGAAAAAUAUGCUUUUGCAUUGUUUUAGUGUAUGUGAUAUUUUCUUUGUAUGCUGCUUAUAACGUCUUUUUCAACACGAAAGCUAUAUCUAGAGUCCACAGGGUGGUGAAAAAAAUCACAGUCGCUGACAGUGCAAAGGGUUUGGGGGUGCAGCCGAGGAGCGCCGCGGUCCCGUCCAGAGGUGAGGGCUGGAACCCCUGGGAGGAGGACAAGCGGGCGGAGUCCGUCUCCGUCCUGCAGAGGAGACAGGAGUUCAGAGCCCAUCAAGCCCGAAUUGCCAAGGACCGGCCCAGGAGACACAAAGUCCAGAUCUGGGGCAAAGCCGCCAUCGGCCUGUAUUUAUGGGAGCAUAUUCUCGAAGGACCCCUGAACCCCGCGGACAGAAAGGCACAGUGGAGGGAAGGAGAGGUGCAGUCAGGGGCCAUCACUUUCAGUUUCUACACGGGUCCUGCGGUGGUGCAGGGGCAGAUCCCGCUGGACACCGACAGCGUGGUCCUGGUGCUGAACGGCCGCGAGGAGCAGAAGAUCGCCUACGCCACCCGGUGGCUGGAGCACGCCGGCGCACUGGUCCGGACGCGCGCCCUGGCCCGCGUCGCCGUGGUGAUGCUGGGCAGCGAGCGGUGCGCUAACGACUGGCUCCGCCCCUACCUGCGGGCGCACGGCGGAUUCGUGGACCUGCUCUUCCUGGUGUACGACAGCCCCUGGGUCAACGAGCGGGACGUCCUGCAGUGGCCUCUAGGGGUGGCAACGUACAGAGACUUCCCCGUCGUCCCCCCCAGCGUGGAGAUGGUGACCUCGCAGAGGCCCUACCUGUGUAACUUCCUGGGGACGGUGUACAGGAACUCUUCCCGAGAGAAGCUGAUGGAGAUCCUGAAAAAGCACGGGUUGGAGGGGGAGUGUGUCGUCGCGGCCCGAGAACAGUGGGUUCCCACGGAGACGGCGGAGUCGCUGCGGCGGUACCGGGCGGCGCUGGCGCAGAGCGACCUCACGCUGUGCCCGGUGGGCGUGAACCCCGAGUGCUACCGCGUGUACGAGGCCUGCUCCUACGGCUCGGUGCCCGUGGUGGAGGACGUGGGCACGGCGGGCGGGUGCGCGGGCGGGGCCGGGGGCGGCUCCCCGCUCCGCCUGCUCAAGGCCUCGGGCGCGCCCUUCCUCUUCCUCAGAGACUGGGCGGAGCUCCCCGCCCUGCUGGAGAGGGAGAGGAGGAUGACGCCAGAGGAGAAGGCGGAGAGGAGGCGGAGACUGCUGGAGUGGUACGGAACGUUCCGGAUGAGGAUGAGGGAUCGGUUCACACAGGCCCUGGAGGAGACCUUCUUCAGAACCGGCUGAUGUGG